AUGGAUAUUCUGUUGGAUGCAGGCGCUGGUGUAAAUCUGGCUGACGGGAGAGGUGAGACAGCUUUACAUUAUGCUGUUAGGCAAGGAAGUUCGAAACUUAACAGGAUGUUUUAUGAAAAAGAUACGAUUAUUCGCAAUGCUAGCUUUUUGGGGCAAACGGCUGACUUGACGAAUUGGACAGCUUUAUAUACUGCUGCUGUUAACGAUAGUAAAAAACUCAUCCAGUUGCUUUUAGAUAAAGGCGCGGCUAUCAAUAGCAUUGACAAUUUUGGACAAACAGCUUUACAUUGCGCGUCACAAAGUAAUUCAAAUGAAAUUGUCGAAUUUUUACUUCAAGCUGGAGCCUCAGCAGAUAUCAUAGACAACGGUGGGCGAACAGCUUUACACUGUGCUGUUGAGUACGCGAGAAAUCCCGUAACAGCCUUAACACUCAUAAAAAGAACAAGCGUUUUUGACAUCGGAGACAGGUUUGACAACACAGCUUUACACUACAGCUGUCGGGGCGAUCUUAAAGAAGUUGUGGAGGCGUUACUAGAAGCUGGAGCUGAUGUUGACCGCAGAGAUAAGUUCGGGAGUACUCCAUUGCACUACAGUGUAAUGUGCAAGCAGGUUGAGACCAUGAGACUACUUAUCCAACGUGGCGCUAAUCUUGACAUCACAGAUAAUAACGGUCAGACAGCUUUGGAUGCGGCCACUACGAUUUCAAACAAUGAAGCAUUUGCUGUGCUAAGACAACAUGGAGCUAUGUCAUCAGCAGAGAUUAAAGAGAAGAACGACAACACUGUUGUGGAAUGUUCAACGUUUAUUGAAGUAAAACCAAUGACAGAAACAACUUCAUCACCAAGUAUUACAACGCCACCAGCUUCUACUUAUACUCCAUCUUUAAGUGAUGAAACUACCCCAAGUAAUGACACUACACCAUCUAUGGAUACAACACCAUCAGCUUCUUCCGAUGCUCCAAAUGAAAGUGAUGAUACUACCCCAAAUUCUGAUAAUGCACCAUCUUUGGUUAUGACACCAACAGCUUCCACAACUACUCUAGUUACAAAUAAUGAUACUACACUAUCUCUGGAUACAACACCUAUAGCUGCUACCGCUAUACCAGAUGCAAUUGAUGAUACUACCCAAAGUACUGAUACUGCACCAUCUAUAGAUACAACACCAACAGCCUCUUCUACUACACCAGAUGCAAGUGUUGAAACUACCCAUAAUACUGACAUUGCACCAACUGUAAAAACACAAGAAAAAAUUAAUAUCAAUAGUGUCGACAUAUUGGAGGAGAGCUACAUCGAGAAUGUUGAAGAUACCAAACGAACACAAACAAAAUCUGUGACUCAAUUAGAUGACUAUUUUCCAUUACUUGAUUUUAAAAAUGUCAUUGAGAAAGAAAUGGCGAAAAUGUCCGAAAAUGUAAAGGCAAGAAGCAGCGGAAUGACGGUUAUGAAUGUGAGUAUCCAUUACAAUCCAAAGACAGUACAUUGCAACGAGUUAAAUGUGGAGAAUGUAAUGUUCUUCGCCAUGGACAGCAAUCAAAACAUCUUCAUUGGCAAGUCUAAAGGAGCUUGUGACAGAGCAGCUUUAGACUCUUCUGCCAUUACGUGA